UUCUGCCUCUAAAUCCAGCCCUACCGCUUAGCACAAAACUCUAAUUAGCGUUACCAGCGUCACAAGAUUUCGAGGCAACAUAUACAGUAGGUGUGUACAGUUUAGUACCAAAACUCUGAUUAGUAACAGUGGUUUUCAGAGAAGAAGAAAUUUGUGUAUCUCGCAUACCCAUUCAAGAAAAAAAACUCUGAUUAAUACUUAUAGAAGACUGGAAUUUGAUUUGGGGCGGUGUUUUGAGAAAAAAAAUUAGUGUGUUUCGCGUACCACAUAACGAUCUUUAGAUGGAGUGGGAAGAUAGAAUACAUUAAUUAAUAUGUCGGUGUACCGGGCAGUUGCAUAUUUGCAUUUGCUGUCACAUUUAUAAUCUCAUGGUCUGAAGAUGCAUAGGUGUCUUGCAAUGAAGUUCUAGCCUUUCAGGUGAUGGUUUCCUGAUAUGUUUUUUUCAGUGGAAUUUUUUUUUCUUGUUAUUGUAUCAAUUCUUGAACGUGAAAUCCUACUGAUGUGUUGGAUGCUGAUAUGUUUUCUCUGUGAGCAAGGACCGUUACCCCAUGGUCAGUCAUGGUCCCUUGGUGUUCUACACUUUUUUUUGGAACUUUUUAUUUUUGCUUCUCUUUUGUAGUUUCAACAGUUUUCCCUAAUGAAAUCGGGGGCUUUCCUAAUGAAUCCCAUAAUAUAAGGAAGAAUCCACCCAAAACCAACCAUUAAAAUUACAUAUAUUUUUACAUGUGCAUAACAAGUCUUGAUACAGGGCAUACAUUAGACCCAAAGAACAACACAUGUUUAUCCAUGGUUCUAACUUCUAACAGGCUAUCUAUGUUUUCAGUUUUCAGUUUUCAUUUCGUCAUUGCCUUGUCUUUCUAAUUUGUUGCCCUUCAACUUGUUAUGUUUUGCAGAGAGUUUGCCAUAAUGCAAAGCCCGAGCAAACUGGGUGCCGCCUCUGUGUCCACACAACCUGCUCCGUCCAUGCUCCGUUGUUGGGCAGACCUCCCAGAUGACCCGCUUCACACCAUUCUUGCUUUGUCAGGAUCCUUCCGUGACAUUCUUGCCCUUGCUGCAACAUGUCGCUCUUGGCGUGCUGCAUUCUGCUCAUACCCAUCCAAAUAUACCUUCUGCUCCAAAUUCCCGCCUCUCCUCGUCCAACUGAAUGCCAGUGUUCAAGCUGCUGACCUCUCUUCUAACAAUGGUCGUCAAGACCUGCACACAUGCAAAGUCAUUGAUCCGACCAACAAGAACAUCCCCCUUUGCUACCAGAUUCCUUUAGAAAUUUAUCAGCAGAUGCAUUUCGCUGGCACUUCCUAUGGUCAACUAAUUUUUUGUCGUGGUGGAGAUUGUCUUGUUGUUGAUGUAUUCAGCGGUGCGAAGGUUUCACCUCCACGUCUCCCAUUCAACGGUGAAUUUGAGAGGGAGAUCUACUUCAGUGCCACCCUGACAGCUCCCCUUGCAUCAUCCAACUCACACCUCCUUGUCAGCACUACAACAUCCUUGUUUGAUUGGCCGGUCGGAAGUGACUUUUGGUCUGAACUCCAGCUUUCUCAUGCAUGGAUAGAACAGAUUGUGGAAUUCAAUGGUCAGUUCAUCGCGAUGGAUGAUUGCUAUGAGAUAUACACUUUGCAGCUGUCCCCCCAGCUUGGUCUGCAGAAGAUAACAGCUGAAUGUGUUAGCAACCUGACCCCAAGCUCAUAUGUGAAACCAUGGCUGGUGGUCUGUGGUGACAUGCUUCUGAUGGUUUCCUGUUUUAGCACAUAUGUUUCAGGCUGGUCAGUAUUUGUAGCACACCACCUUGACAUGUCAACCAACCCUGCAAAAUGGGUGGAGGUAAAGCAGCUGGACAAUUGGGCACUCUUUGCUGGGGGUGAUGUGAGGAGCCGUCCAGAACGACGGGGAGGAAGGAGCAAGUCGCUGUACUAUCCGGGCCUUCACUCUUUUAUUGUGCAUGUGGUGGGCGAUGAACAAGAUCCAUCUGCCGGUCCUAUGAUAGAAUACAAUAGAACCUGGUGCCCCAAUCUGCAACCCCUAUGGGUGUAUCCGAGCAUGUUCUACUCAGAUUGCCAGUGA